AUGGAUGUGCUUGAUUUGAAUGGGAAUCUCAUCAGCUCCAGCUCACAGAUUAAAGCAACAAAUUGCAAAUUCGAACUACCUCCAAAAUGGGACAAGAGAUUUAAGCUAAAGCGAGAACAAAUGAAAAAUCUUCGUGAACAGUAUCAUUCUCUGCAUCAAUACUUUUGGCUCUCCCAUAUGGAUAGCGAAAAAUUUGAUCUUGGUCCGCUGCAUUACUUUCGUGAAGUUGAGGCCUUGGAGGCCAAGGCCGAUGCUUGUAGAUUUAUAGGCACUUUUAAGGCCAGAAAAUCUCCUGGGAAUCUGCACAUCACAACAGGACGAGCACUUGGUCUGAAUUCAAAUGUUCACAUUCAUAUCGCUCCAUUGGAUCCGAACGGAAGGAGGAACUUUUCUCACAGAAUUCAUCAUCUAUCUUUUGGUACGCCACUGGAAAACUAUAUCCAUCCUCUUGACGCUGAGGAAGUCAUUUCGGACGAUCCCGCUCUAAUGUACCAAUAUUUCAUUGAAGUGGUUCCUACCACCUUUAGGACCCGACUAGAAGAGAUUGAUACCUAUCAAUACGCCGUCACUGAACAGGUAUGCACUCUGCUCCAGCGAAGCAUUUCAUGCGACACUCCGAUUCAACUUUUCUAA